AUGCUCAAGGCUGCCUGUGCAAUCGUUACCCUGGCCCUCAUCGGAGGCACCACAAGUCACCCAUCAGGCCGACCUUCUGGCUUCGUUAGGUCAUCGGGCACGAAGUUCGCAUUGAACCGCCGAGACUUCUACUUUGCCGGCAGCAAUGCGUACUAUUUCCCCUUCGACAAUAAUGAGACAGAUGUCGAAAUCGGCCUCCGCGCUGCUGCACAGGCUGGUCUGAAAGUCUUCCGCACUUGGGGUUUCAACGAUAAGAAUGUCACUUACGACCUCAAUGGUCUUCCGCAGUACGGCGCGGAGGGUGCUGGUACCACUGAGGUCGUCUUUCAGCGAUGGAACAACGGGACGUCUGCGAUUGACAUCACACCGUUCGACAAGGUCGUCCAAGCUGCAGCCAAUACUGGCAUCAAGCUCAUAGUCACCUUGACCAAUAACUGGGCGGACUACGGCGGCAUGGACGUGUACACUGUCAACCUUGGUGGGCAGUAUCAUGACGAUUUCUACCGACUACCAGCUAUCAAGGCUGCAUACAAGCGCUAUGUCAAGGCGUUCGUCACCAGAUACAUGUGGUCACCAACGAUCAUGGCGUGGGAGCUGGCCAACGAGCCUCGAUGUGGGGGAACAGCGGGUCGCAACCUGCCGCGCAGCAGUAACUGCACCCCAGCGACUCUGACAGCGUGGAUUGAUGAGAUGAGCAGCUACAUAAAGUCAAUCGAUCCACACCAUAUGGUCACCUUCGGAGGUGAAGGCCAGUACAACGAUCCAUCGAACCCGGACGGCUUCUACAACGGCUACGAUGGUGGAGAUUUCGACGCGGUGUUGGCAUUGCCCAACGUCGACUUUGGCACCUUCCAUACGUAUCCGGAUUGGUGGAGCAAGACGGUUGCCUGGGCUACUCAGUGGGUUAAAGACCAUGCAGCCAGUGGCGUAAAGGCUGGAAAGCCUGUCUUGCACGAGGAAUACGGAUGGCUCACUCCCGCAGCUCGCCUGGCUGACCUCAACGAGACCGCACCGGCCAAUGAAACACGGGUCGCUGUCCUUGGGGAGUGGCAAGCCACCAGCCUCGCUUUAGAAAUGUCGGACAUGUACUGGCAAUAUGGCUUCUCCAAUUACUCGUAUGGGCGGAACAAUGAUGAUGGUUUCACAAUCUACCUCGAUGAGUAA